AUGUAAUUUAUUCUCUUAAUUUUCUGUAUUGUUGCAUUAGUAGAUUGUAAGUUGAAAGUACUUAGACCAAGUCAAUUAGUUGAUCGUUUGGGAUCAAAAGUAAACAUAGCACUUGCUAAUUUUGGGUUUAAAUUUAAUUAUUAGAGAAUAGUGAAAUUCCAUUUGGUCAUAGAUAUAUGGGUAAUGUAGAUAUGGCUUAUCCGAAUGAUGGAUGCGAUUCUCUAAUGCCUACCAAUGGAAGUCAAUUCAUUAUGAUAGAAAGAGGAAACUGUACUUUCGUCACUAAGGUUAGGAAUGCUUAGAAUGCUGGAUAUACUUUAGCUAUUAUUGGCAAUAAUUAUGAUUAUCCUUUAGAAUCUGAUUUUGUUAUGGCUGAUGAUGGUCAUGGAUAUGCUGUACUAAAUUAACACAUAUAAUUUUAUAGAUUAAUAUUCCAUCAAUAUUCAUUACAUCAUAAGAUUUUAAUGUAAUAAAAGAGUUUGUUUUAAAGUAUUAAGUUUCGAAUUCUUUAGAAGAAUAGGUUUUUGUUUUAGUCAAAUUUGAUGUAAAAAAAAGAGAUGAUGUAGAUGUAAUUUUACAUCUGGAAGUAAGUAAUAGAGAUUCUUACAGAGUAAUUGAUGAAUUCUAAGAAUAUUAUGAUCUUUUAAAAAAUGAAAAGGUAAAUUAUACAUUGCUUUAUUCAAUUUUCAAUUCCAAUAAUACACAAAGUGAUUAUUCAAUAGAUGAAUCUAAUUGUAUUUGUUAAAGACGAUAUUGUGCUAUGGAUCCAGAUGGAGAAGGAAUAGGAACAGGAAGAAAUAUAAUUGAAGAAGCCAUUAGAUAAACAUGCAUAUUUAAACAUUUUCCAUUACAAUAUUUUCAAUAUAUGGUAAACUUUAAGAAUCAAAAUAGAAUAAAUUUAAUUUUGAAUGCUCUAAAGCUUAAGCUUAUUCAACUUGUGGUAGUAAGAUUAUAACCAAUUUGGGAAUUUAAGAUGAUGAAAUUGUUAAAUGUAGAGAUGAGUCUUUUAAGGAUCCAUUUAAUCAUAAAACAGCUACAAAUCUAAAUAAUUCUUAUAAUGCAAUUUUAGAACAUUAGUUAUUAUUGUAAGAGAAGAGUGGAGCAAUUGGAUUGCCAUCAGUAGUUGUUAAUUCUGUAGUUUAUAAAGGAUAAUUAACAGGUAAAGGAAUUUUUGGUGAAAUUUGCAAUAGUAAUCAUAUUGAUAAUUAAAUAAAUUAGGUUUUAAUUUACCUCCAUCUGUUUGUAGAGAGGAAGUAGAAAACUAUUACAAAUUCGAAAUAAAUGGUGAUGGAGACAAUUAUCUUUUUUUAAUUAUAUUUAUUGUGUCAAUUCUGAUUGCAAUAUUUAUGCUAGUUUUAUACUUUUUGUUUAAGAAAUUUGUGUAAAAAGAUAGCGUUUAAGUAACAUAAGUUUAAGUAAAUGAAAUGAUUAGCCAAUAUAUAAAAUUUUAUGAAGGAAAAGAACAAAAAAAAUAAAAUUCUUUUUGAGAU